UUUUUCCUCAAUUCUUCAACUCAAUCCCACCAAAGAAAACAAAAUUAACCAAGAAAUCAGUAUGAAGAAACCAUUUUUCCAAUAAUAUAUUCCCUGCAACUCACUCCUCUUCCAAUUCAUCCAUGGCGGUCGACCCGAUUCAAACCAAAAGAAAGAACCCAUCUUUCUGAAAAAAACCCUAAAAGAGAACCUCAAACAAACCCCGCAUUUCCGAAUAUUAAACUCAAAACAAACAAAAAAUGGAUUCAACCCAUAAAUCCUCCUCCCCGCAAAACCCUAAAACCACCAUGGUUUUCCUCGCCGCCACCGUCGCCGCCGCGGCCAUCAUCGUCUCCGCCAUUCUUUACUUCUUCUACUACCUCUGGUACUCCUUGCUCCGCCGCUCCCGGACCAGCCCCUUCGACGCCCCCUCCCCGCUGAACAAGUUGCAGAGGUUCAGCUUCAGAGAGCUGAAGAAUGCCACGUGUAAUUUCAGCGGGUCGAAUUCGAUCGGUAAGGGCGGCUCCGGCACUGUCUACAGAGGAAUUUUAAGAAACGGGAAAAUGGUGGCUGUGAAGCUUCUAGACUCGGGCUCUUACCAGUGCGAAAUGGAGUUUCAGAACGAGCUCAAGAUUCUCGGCGGGCUGAAGCCGGCGUCGUCGCCAUUUGUGGUUUCUUUGUUGGGAUUCUGCCUGGAGAAGGAGAAAAGAAUUGUCGUGUACGAAUACAUGCCGAAUAAGAGCCUGCAAGAGUGUCUGUUUUCCGACAAAGCUCCGGCCUUGAAUUGGGGGAGAAGGUUCGAUAUAAUUCUUGAUGUUGCAAAGGCGCUGAAUUUCUUGCACAGUGAGUGUGACCCGCCGGUGAUUCACGGCGACGUCAAGCCGAGCAAUGUUUUGCUUGAUUUGGAUUUUAGGGCGAAGAUUUCUGAUUUUGGGCUGUCGAGAUUGAAAAUCGAGCCUGAAAUUGGGGGUGAUUUGUUCAGCCAGGAUUUGGGGAAGAGUCAGGAGCUUUCACGGCGGCAUUCCGGCGCCGGCGCCGGCGACAUUGAGAGCCCUGCGAUUGGGACUCCAUUGGAGAGUCAUGAAAACGAUGAAGUGGACUUCGCUUUGGCCUUGCAGGCUUCGUCUUCGUCGAAAAGUAGCUGUAAAAUUUACCACAAUGUGAUGGGAUUAGGGUUAGCUUUCAAUUCUUUGAAUUUCAAUUUCAGUUCUGAAAUUGGGCGUGACAACGACGACGAUGAUGAUAAUGAUAAUGAUAAUGAUAAGGAUGAUCGUCCUGUCAAAAGUAAGAACGUGAAGGGUAAGGAUGCGUCUUAUAAUGAGGAGGAUGAUCAUAGUAAUGAUUUGAACUUAAAUGCUGCACCGCCGCCGGAGGCGGCGGCCGGCGGCAAACAAUGGGGGAAGGACUGGUGGUGGCGGCAGGACGGGAGCGGCGAGUUGUGUAGUAAAGACUAUGUAAUGGAAUGGAUCGGAAGCCAGAUUGGCCCCAAUUCGAAUGAACUCGAUUGGGACGAGGAGAAAGGCAGCGCCGGUCGAGACAAAUCAUGCGCGGCGGAUAUCGAUAAGAAUGCUCCUCCGGCGGCACAACAAUCUGCAUUCGACGGCGGCGAGAAGGCGGAGUCGAAGAAAUGGAAGAUGCAUCAUCGGAAGAUGCACGAAUGGUGGAAGGAGGAGCGAAUGGACGACUCGGAAAAACAGAGGCGAAGUAGGCGAAGACUUGUGCCGCAUUUCGGAUUAGGGAAAUGUUUCGUGUUGGCUAGGAAUGGAACGACGAUGUUGUCUGAGAGCCAGGAUGGUAAGGAAGAAAAGAAACGGGACAGCGGCGAGUUCAGUUUCCGGAAGGGGUGGAGGAAGAAGACGGGUGGCGCGGCGGCGCAGUCGAUCGGGAGCGAAAUGUGGAGCGGCGAUCUCUUCAGUCGGGAGCUGAGCAGCACGACGAGCAUGCGGGGGACGUUGUGCUACGUCGCGCCGGAGUACGGCGGCGGGUUCGGGUAUUUGAUGGAGAAGGGCGACGUGUACAGCUUCGGCGUGUUGAUCCUUGUUAUUGUUUCGGGACGGCGUCCUUUGCACGUUCUAUCGUCGCCGAUGAAGCUUGAGCAAGCUAAUUUGAUCAGCUGGUCCCGGAGCUUGGCGCUCGCCGGAAAUGUGCUCGAUUUGGUCGACGGUCGCCUGAAAAAUGACUAUAGCAAGAAUGAGGCGAGUUUGUGCAUCCAUUUGGCUCUGGCUUGCCUGCAGAGGACGCCGGAGCUGAGACCGGACGUUGGAGAUGUUGUACGGAUACUCAGCGGGGAAAUGGAGCUGCCGGAGCUGCCGUUUGAGUUCUCGCCGUCGCCGCCGGCGAACGCGUAUAGCAGGAAGAAGAGGAAGCCGAAGAUCAUCAGCGCCGUUGAUUAGAGUGCAUUGGACGGCUGUGAUUGGAUUGAGUUUGAUCGUUUUUU